AUGUAUAUCGUCUUUGUUAUAGAGGCUUUGUCGAGUUUGCAGUCAUGCGUCAGCAUAUCUUGGCAUAUGGAACUAUCUAUGAGAUAUACCCGGGAGAAGCCGGCAACGGAGGCCGGCGGCGAGAUUGGGUUUCUGGUGGCGGCGUCGACGGAGGAGGGGAAAUCGGAGGAGGAGCUGGUGAAAUUGAAGCAGAAACUUGUGUCUCAGGUUUUGGAAAUUGGGAUUAUUUUUCACUCUGUUAUAAUCGGAGUUACGAUGGGGAUGUCCCAAAAUCAGUGCACAAUUAGGCCUCUCGUCGCCGCUCUCGCCUUCCAUCAAAUCUUCGAAGGAAUGGGCCUCGGCGGCUGUAUUGCCCAGGCAGGGUUCAGCUUGGCGACGACGUCGUAUAUGUGCUUCAUGUUCUCAGUGACGACGCCAAUGGGGAUAGUAUUGGGGAUGCUGCUGUUUUCGAUAACUGGUUACGAUGACAGCAGCCCAAAAGCUCUGAUUAUGGAGGGCUUAUUGGGCUCGUUUUCUUCGGGGAUUCUCAUAUACAUGGCCCUCGUCGAUCUAAUAGCCGUCGAUUUCUUCCACAACAAGAUGAUGACCUCAAAUCAACUGCUCAAAAAGGCAUCGUUCAUUGCAUUGACUCUCGGCUCUGCAUCCAUGUCGGUUUUGGCUCUCUGGGCUUGACUACCAUUGAUCCAAACAGAAGGGCAUGCAGAUUUUUCCAAAAGGGAAAAAAAAAGUGACCCUUUUUUGUUGAAUGUAAAUGCAUUAUCGUGGUUACUGGCUUCCAUGUCAUAUAUCCAAUUUGGUUUGAAUACAAGGGGGGUGUUCUAUGAAGAGUUUAGUGGUCAAUAAAGUUGAUUGUUGGGUUUUAUAUUUUACGUAUGAGAAUGGAAUGGAGUGGAGUGGAAAGUUUUUUAAUGCGCCUUUUGUCACCA